AUGUCCUCAUUUUAUCCAACGUCAAGUGUUGUUGAUAGUUUGAAUUUCAAAAUUUUGUGCGAAAUGGCCGAAAAAUACAAAUCUUCAUCGCUUCACAGGAAAAUCGAGAAAUUUCUGUGUGAAACUUCGGAAAUCAGUUUGAUUGAGAAGAUUAGAAUUGGAGAUGAGAAUGGUUAUGAGGAACUUUUGGUGAGUUGAAUUUGAAUUCAGAAAAUUUGGAAUUGAAAUAUGAUUUCAGCGAACUUGUAUGCAAAACUUUGAAGACAAAGAAGACCUCGAAAAUUUUCAAAAAUCAAAAUUAUUCAGCGAUCUCAAAGAAUCUUCAAAAAUUAUUGUUAUCAAUCGUCUUUUCGAUUUUCUUUAA